CAAAGUGCUCUAUUGAUGCUGGCUUCCAGUAUCCUACGGUUUGGCACUUGUGAGAUGUACGGAAACAUAUCUUAAAUUUCCACGCGCUCUUAUCGGGGUGGCCAUCGAGUUGUCAAUUUUAAUUCAUUUUGAUCGAACAGGAAGGGUUGUGGAAACGAUUGAGGAAUGUCACAUCUUCACUUCAGGGAUAUCCAGAGAAGUCUACCAUCUCGCUUUCUUUCCAAUUUUGUGACUGCGCAGGCGAUCACCCACAAACUGCACGCUGGAGAACGUAAUAUUCCCGCCGUGUCAUACAACACACGGAGCGGGUCUGUCUGUGAUAAAGAAUGCUUUAUGUGAUGGUGCACUGACUCGAUGUUUUCAAAGCCAUUCUAAACCAUUCUAAACUCAUUGCUGACCAUAAUACAAUAAUGCCUUUGCUGCCAUUGUUGUGAUAUCUGAAUAUUAUUCAAAGGGAGACAUCUACGCUAGAAUACUACGGUGGAGGUUGCGAGGCGCGACGGGGCGUAACUCGGUUUUUUGUAGUCAGUGUCUGCUUCGGGAACACGAUGUCGUCUGCUAGGGUGAUUCUGUGGUGUGCGCCUCGUUGUACAUCCAACCUCUUCGCAAAGUGUGUCACUGCUAUACCGGGCAACGAGGUAUGGAUCGAACCCUACCAGCAAUCCCAGUUCGCCCACAACGAAAUGCUCCGACUGGGACUGAUAGACAAGGACGGGCCUUGGCCUUACACGUACGAAGGGAACGAGGAACUCUUCGACAAAGCUGCCGUCGGCAUCGAAGGAUUCUUAGGUUCGCAAUCUGUCAAGGUUAAUCGCCAACGUCUACCUUAUUCUGCUGUCAAGAGUUCUCUCGAGCAGUCGACCAGUCAACACGUAUUCGUCAAAGAUUUCGGCCUUGCUGUUCACUCGGAAACCUUGCGUCAGUAUCUUCCUGCAGGCUUCAAACACACUUUCCUCAUCCGACACCCAUACCUGGUCUUCCGCUCAUUCCGGAAGGCACUGUGUGCGCAGAUGCUGGCGAUUGGGCGGCUGAAAGAAGAGGACGUCGAUGAUUUCGACAUUGAGUUCUUGGGAGGUGGACCAAGUCGGCGCGUCGAUGAGUAUGUCACCAAGAAUCACGAACUGUGGCAGUAUGUCCGCGAGAACAUUGAUCCGAAUCCCGUCGUGAUCGAUUCAACUGAUCUCCUUGAGAACCCUGGCCCGAUGCUGUCCAAGUACUGCCACGCGGCUGGACUCCCGUACUCGGACUCGCUCUUGACGUGGGAAGCGACGGUGGAGUCGUAUCAGUCGUGGAAACUCGUAGGGGAAAAUAUAAUGGAUAACGCAGAGAACUUUGUUGGAGCUUUGCUGAACACGACGGGUUUUCUGCCCCCAUCCCCGAUACCGUCCCGUGACGAACUAACGAGCGAUGUGCUGAAAGCAUCCGACUCUUCGAUGGCUUGUUAUCAGGAAAUGUACGCUUCGCGGAUAACAUGAAUGAAAGUAGUUCCAGUAAAUCCUGAUUUCAUUCAUGAAAAAGUCUGUUAAACCAUUGUUAAUAUCCCUAUAUAUCAUUGCAGAUCUAGAUCUGGUACAAUAUUUACAUCGAUCUGAACUUUGUGAAAUCAUGAAACCUCAGCUUAAAAGGUCAUAUUGAAGAUCACGAACGUAUAGACAAGAACAUGUGCGACGGUACAUUGUUACUGCUUGGAAAUGACACUUGUUUUGCUAAUUAUUCAGCUUCUUCCAGAACCCUUUCGCACGUUUAUACAUACAAACACGUGGGUGGUUAUUUGGGGCGGCGAAGGGGGGGGGGGGGGGCAACGGGAAAAGGGCAUUUGCACUUUUCAAAGGGGCAAUAUAUUUUAUUUUAUGACAAAGAUAAAUAGCAAUAAUAUCACAUCUACCCCGAUGUAAAGGACAGAACGAAUAAACGUACUCCUUUAAACCUUCACAUGAGAGAGCAGGAGCGGCAAACAUAAAUUAUUUUCGUGUGGGGGGGGGGGG